AUGGAUAUUUUGGAAAAAAUGGAUAUUUGGUGGGAAAUGUACUUACUUGCUAUAUCAGGUCUACAUAAUCAUAUGAUGAGACAAAUGUUUGAUGUACUUGAUUCGAAAUUAUUUAAUACAAAAAUUGAUAGUCAAAAAAAAUAUAUUACUGCAACCGCAUCGACAGUUCGCAAAAAUACUAAUAUAUUUGUAACUGUAACCACACUUUCACUUAUCAAUUAUGUUGUAUCACCAAUUUUGUUGGGUGCACGUGGUACAUUACCGUUUCCCGGCUAUGUACCGACAGCAGCUAAAUCAACACCAUAUUUUCAAAUAAUUUACGCUUGCCAAGCAAUCGUUGUUUGUUGUGGUGCAACAUUGAAUAUAACAAUUGAUCUUUUGAUAACCAGUUUUAUGGUGAUUGUCUGCGGUCAAUAUGACCUUCUAGGUGAUUCUUUUACAAAUAUGUAUGAGAUCGCAAUUGAUAAACUUAAAAAAGAUCCAAAUUUUAAUACCGCUGUAGUUACUGGCCUUGACGAAAAAGUUGAUUCGCAUGUUUACCAGGAUUUGAUUGUUAAUGUAAAACAUCAUUUACAAAUAAUGGAUUUUGUAGCUGAAAUCGAUAGAGCAUUUAAAUGGAGUUUGUUUGCUCAAUUUAGUUGCAGUUCCUUGGUUCUCUGCCUUAAUAUUUACUAUUUAUCAACAAUGAAAGAAAUGAAUUCUCAAGCUUCGGCAGUAGUUUCAUUUACCAUAGUUGUGUUAAUACAACUGUUUCUUUAUUGUUGGUACGGAAAUAAGGUAUAUUUUAAGAGCAUGGAUUUUACCGACGACAUAUAUAUGUCGAACUGGCAAAAGUGUGGCGCCAAAAUUCGCAAAGCGCUUUGUAUAAUAAUAAAUCGGGGCCAAAAACCAAUAAGCAUAACAGCCGGUAAUUUUAUACCUGUCCGAUUAGAAACAUUUAUUAGUAUUGUAAAAACAGCAUAUUCAGCGUUGACUUUACUACAAAAUAUGGAUGUGCAGCUUUAAAUUUUUUUGAUGCAGCC